GGCUAGUUCAUCCUGCUCUGCGGCGGCGGGUCCGGUCUGCCGUCCGAUUGUCCUUAGUUGUGAUCCCGAGCUGCGGAGCUAAGCGGCGCGUGGACUGAGCCUGCCGAGUAGGAAGGGCUUGUAGGACAACUCCUGGUGCAGCACGACUGCAGUCCAUUAAAUUCCCUGGAGCUUCCUGAGACAAGAGAGUGGAGGGCGGCCACACACCCGCAGCCUGCAUCAUGCCAGCGCUGGCCACAGGAUCAGCUUGUGAUACAGGUCUGUACGAGCUGUUGGCUGCUCUGCCUGCCCAGCUGCAGCCACAUGUGGAUAGCCAGGAGGACCUGACCUUCCUCUGGGACAUGUUUGGUGAAAAGAGCCUGCAUUCACUGGUCAAGAUUCAUGAAAAACUUCAUUACUAUGAGAAGCAGAGUCCAGUGCCCAUUCUCCAUGGUGCAGCAGCAUUGGCUGAUGAUCUGGCUGAAGAGCUACAGAACAAGCCACCAAACAGUGAGAUCAGAGAGCUAUUGAGACUGCUGUCAAACCCCAAUGUGAAGGCUUUGCUGUCAGUACAUGAUAUUGUGGCUCAAAAGAGCUAUGACCCUGUGUUGCCUCCCAUGCCUGAUGAGAUUGAUGAUGAGGAAGACUCUGUGAAAAUAAUCCGCCUGGUCAAGAACAGAGAGCCCCUGGGUGCUACCAUUAAAAAAGAUGAGCAGAGUGGAGCAGUCAUUGUGGCCCGGAUCAUGCGGGGAGGAGCUGCAGAUCGAAGUGGUCUUAUUCACGUGGGUGAUGAGCUGAGGGAAGUGAAUGGGAUCCCAGUCGAAGAUAAGAGACCUGAGGAAAUAAUACAGAUUUUGAGUCAGUCCCAGGGAGCAAUUACAUUUAAGAUAAUACCCAGCACCAAAGAGGAGACACCUUCUAAAGAAGGCAAGAUAUUUAUCAGAGCCCUCUUUGACUACGAUCCUAAGGAGGACAAGGCGAUCCCAUGUAGAGAGGCAGGGCUAUCUUUCAGGAAGGGUGACAUUCUUCAGAUUAUGAGUCAAGACGAUGUGACAUGGUGGCAGGCUAAGCAUGAAGGAGACACCAACCCCAGAGCAGGCCUGAUUCCCUCCAAGCACUUCCAGGAACGGAGACUGGCUCUGAGACGACCAGAAAUAGUAGUUCAGCCUCUGAAACUUUCCAACAGGAAAUCAUAUGAGGAAACAGUUGAAUGUGAGGAAAUUAAAGAAGAUGCCGGAUAUGAUGGUAACAACAGCGGAACCUACAUAGCUGGUUUUAGAAGAAGUUUUCGUCUUAGCAGAAAAGAUAAGAAAACAAAUAAGUCCAUGUAUGAAUGCAAAAAGAGUGAGCAGUAUGAUGCUGCGGACGUGCCCACAUACGAGGAGGUGAUGCCCUACCGGCGGCAGACCCAUGACAAAUACAGACUCGUUGUCCUGGUUGGUCCUGUCGGAGUCGGGCUGAAUGAGCUGAAGCGGAAGCUUUUGAUCAGUGACACACAGCACUAUGGUGUGACAGUUCCCCACACCACUAGAGCAAGAAGAAGCCAAGAGAGUGAUGGUGUGGAAUAUAUUUUUAUUUCCAAACAUUUGUUUGAGACAGAUGUACAAAAUAACAAGUUCAUUGAGUAUGGCGAAUAUAAAAACAACUACUAUGGUACAAGUAUAGACUCAGUUCGAUCUGUCCUAGCUAAGAACAAAGUUUGUCUGCUGGAUGUCCAGCCUCAUACAGUGAAGCAUUUAAGGACACUGGAGUUCAAGCCCUAUGUGAUAUUUAUAAAACCUCCAUCCAUAGAGCGUUUGAGAGAGACAAGAAAAAAUGCAAAGAUUAUUUCAAGCAGAGAUGACCAAGCGACUGCAAAGCCCUUCACGGAAGAAGACUUUCAAGAAAUGAUUAAAUCAGCACAGAUAAUGGAAAGUCAAUAUGGCCAUCUUUUUGACAAAAUCAUAAUAAAUGAUGAUCUUACUGUGGCAUUUAAUGAGCUAAAAACAACAUUUGACAAACUAGAGACUGAUACCCACUGGGUCCCAGUGAGUUGGUUACAUUCAUAAAUCAGGGAAAUGUGCUUAAUUGUCUUUUUACAGAGUUGCAUGGUUAGGUCAACUACCAUGUUUUUGGUAGGAUUUUUCUUUUUAAUAAUCUUUAUCACUGUCAUAGAUGUAAAGUCUUCAAUGGUCAAAUUCAAAAUUUUAAUGCUGGUUUUAUUUAUGUCUUUUACAGCCUUAUUUGAAGCACAUGACUGUAUAAUCUAAGUCAAAAUCUGCACAGUGCUAUAGUCUUAGCCAAACUUUUGUAUUUCCUGGUUUUCUUUAACCUAUCUCUGUCUCUGGUGUGAGAGACAGUGUGUGUCAGAGUUCAUGCCUCGCCUGCACUCAGGUACACUCACAGCCCUUCACUGUGCAUGCUCUCAGUUGAAAGCAUGGGCUUGGCAGCCUUUAGCACAUCACAGAUUUAACUGAGCUGGAAAUAGGACUCUGCCCUUACAAAAUAUGUUCUAGUGUGCACAUCUUAAAGGAGAAACUCAAAUCUUUUCUUGAGGAAGUAGCUCAUAUAUUAUAGCUUAGGGAAUCCUUAUGAGUACAUAUCGGUGAUGCCACCAAUAUUAUAUAAAUGAAAAUCUGAUUCUCCUGUUUAAGUUGAAGGUCUCACUAUGCUGUCCACACUAGCCUUGAACUCAGCCGCCUUUUGCCUCAGCCUCAGUACAGGAACGUGCUACUGCAUCAGGCUUAGAAACAGACUUAACUGAUAUUAUAGAUGUAGAUUAAAACCUUUCCUCAUGGUUUAGUAAAAAUGGUUGUGUCUUAGGGCAAGAAAUGAUCACACAGCACCUCUUGCUUUAAUCUGUCAUUCUUCAGAAGACAUUUCUGGAGUCAGAAUGUUUUCUUCUUUUGCUUUUGAAUUUCUCAACAUAUAUAAGAAUGAGAUAAAUAUUCAAAAACAUGUAACAUGUGUUAGAGCACAGUGAAGGAAGAGGUACUUAUGUUUCUGGUGUGCAAUCCCCAUACAUGUAAAUUGUCCUAAAGUGUGUUUUAGAAACCUUACAUUGUGUUAAUUUUUUUUUGUCAACAAAAUGAUUAACACUGGCCAGAUUGCAUCUCAACCGAUUCCCAAGGAAGAUGGAUUUUUAAAUCUUUUGAUGACAUUGUUUCUUUUUCUAUGAUGUUUUAGGUCUCUAGCAAGUGAAUAAUUUGCAAUACUACAAAUGUCCACAGUUCAGUCAUAGCGCAAGUUCCUGCCAGUCCUCUGAGUAGUGCAGUUUAGGCAAUGGAAGAUUCAUCACAUCUAUGACUUACAUACAAAAAAUAUAUUUUUGUUGCUUUGUAAAGAGUUUAAAUGUCAUGUUUAAAGAAAAAUAAAAUGUAGGGAAGUUUUAUAUAUUUGUGAGAUAUUUGAAAGGCAUAUUUUUAAAUUAUCAAAUGAGGCUAUUCAUAAGAUAAAUUGUAUGUAAAGAUAUAAUUUAAAAUAGUUUUAUAAGCAAGGUCAACAUUCCAUGUAAAUAUUGGACCUUUUGGCAGAUAGGUCCACACACAUGUUACAUGUUCGCUGCUGUUUGGUGGUGUCUAUGGCCAGCUUUCCUUAAGACAAUGUCAAAUUUCUGUGUGAAGCAGAAACUAAAACUUCUCUAGUGACCUCAUUACACGUUCAAGCCCAAAAGUCAGAUCAUUGGACUAAUGAACGCAGUCCAUGGAUGUUCUGUGUUUAUUAAUUAAAGCCAUGCAGCUCAAACACAGAUAGGAAGGCUACUGGAUUCCUGUUCUGAGAUCACUGCCCUGCACGGCCUCUCUAGAAGCACAAAUCUUAAAGAGAAUGUUUGGGUGGCAUAUUCUCUCCCUUGGGCAAUGCCUACACUUCCAUAAUGCAAGUUUCUAUACCAAGAAUGAUGAGAAGUGUAUCCAGCAUAGGAUGUUGUAGAUUACUCUAGGUAUCCCAUGUUCAUACCUCAGAUAACUUUGCUGAUUGUUUUUCUUCAUCUGGUGAUUGUUGUCUUCAUUCUCAAUUUUGGGGUAGUGCUUGGGAAAUCUGGGGUAGGUAGUAGAGGUGAUAGAAUGUCAUGAAAAUAUACAUGUCUGCACCUGUCAGACCACAGUUGAACAUCUUUCUUUAAAAACUAAGUAAAUAAAAAGAAACAAAGCAGUUUAAGAAAUCAGGUGACAUGUAGCCUUACCUGGUCUAUUUCUUGUUGCUUACAGGGAAAUUUAAUUAAAAUAUAUAAGUCAGGCCAAGAGAAGGCUGCUGGUACCUGCAACAAUUGGCCUUGCUCUGUGCUCUCUGGCCUCAGCACUCCCACCACCAAGGAGAACACUUUGCUCCUAGCUUUCAGCAGCUUGUUUCUGGGGUGCAUGCAGUGCCAGCCACUAUUAGAAAAACAAGGUUUCAUUGUUUGUCCAUUUAAAGUUGAACCUGGUAUGGAGUGCUGUUCUUCUCCUCCACCUCCUAGUUAGAGAUAAACUUGAAGCAAUAACCAUGGUUUUACCAAGUAAUAUGGAAACUUGGUGUCUAUGAGGCCGACAUUCCUUGUUUUAUAUAAUCAUCAAGUGUACCUAAACUGUAGUAAUUAAAAGUGAGCAAACAUGUAAACUCAUAUUUACAAAACUAUGGAGUCAAAAAUGUCCCUAAAGAUUCAGAUUUUUAUUUAUUUUCCUUUGGUCUACGAUUGAUUUAUAGAUAAAUGUAAUGGAAAGUUUUUUAUCUUAAUAAAGUAUCUUCAAACAAUAUCUCUGCUUGAAAGUUGUUUAGCACAUGAAUAUGCUAUAAUUGUUCUACCCUGUGCUGCUUUUUCCACGGUGGAACAAAUUCCGUCCUUUGGUAUGAUGUAAUUUAUUUGAUCUUUCCAUGCCUGAAAUUAAACAUUAUAUUUCUC